AUGGGCAUCCUGCUCAAACAGCCCGAGGGAACCGCAGGAAAGGCGUGGCCUGCUAUUUUGAUCAGUGGUUUCGUCGCUUUCGGAGGUAUUUUAUUUGGCUAUGAUACAGGCACAAUCAGCGGCAUUCUCGCCAUGCCCUACUGGGAUCGGACAUUCUCCACGGGCUACACAGACGCCGAUGGCAAUCUUACAAUCACCUCCAGCCAGUCUUCAGCCAUUGUAUCCAUUUUGUCUGCGGGUACCUUCUUUGGUGCCCUUGGUGCUGCCCCUAUGGGAGAUUUCAUUGGUCGUCGCUGGGGAUUGAUUGCCUCGACUGGUGUUUUCACGGUCGGCGUUGUCUUCCAGACUGCUGCUACCGCUAUUCCUCUUUUCCUCGCUGGUCGAUUCUUUGCAGGCUUUGGUGUUGGUUUGAUUUCGGCAUUGAUUCCCCUAUACCAAUCCGAGACUGCGCCUAAGUGGAUCCGUGGCUUCAUCGUCGGUUCAUAUCAAUUUGCCAUCACAGUCGGCCUGCUGUUGGCCGCGGUCGUGAACAACGCCACCCAUGACCGCGAUGAUACCGGAUCCUACCGCAUCCCGAUCGCGGUCCAAUUCGCCUGGGCCAUCAUCCUUGUGGUCGGCAUGCUCGUCCUCCCCGAAACACCCCGUUACCUAAUCAAGAGAGACAACCACGAAGGGGCCGUCCGAAGUCUAGCCAAACUCCGACGUCUUUCUGGCGAUGACCCUGCUUUGCUCGCGGAACUUGCCGAGAUCCGUGCAAACCAUGAAUUCGAGAUGAGCAUUGGAAGCGCCGGUUACAUCGAGUGUUUCAAGGGCAGCCUUGGAAAACGUCUUCUCACUGGAUGUCUCCUUCAGGCCCUUCAGCAGUUGACCGGUAUCAACUUCAUCUUCUACUACGGUACUCAGUUCUUCAAGAACUCUGGGUUCAAGAAUGAGUUUGUUAUCAGUUUGAUUACUAGCUGUGUGAACGUUGGCUCGACUAUCCCCGGUCUGUACGCUAUUGAUAAGUGGGGAAGACGCCCUGUUCUGCUUAUGGGAGCUAUCGGCAUGACUAUUUCUCAGCUCCUCGUUGCUGUUUUGGGAACUACCACUACCAGCCAAGAUGCACUGGGAAAUAUUGUCGUUCAUAACGAAGCUGCGCAGAAGGCUGCCAUUGCUUUCAUUUGCAUCUACAUCUUCUUCUUCGCUGCCUCUUGGGGACCGAUUGCCUGGGUCGUCACUGGAGAAAUCUUUCCUCUCAAGGUCAGAGCCAAGUCUCUGUCCAUGACCACUGCCACCAACUGGCUCCUCAACUGGGCACUCAGCUUCGCCACCCCUUACCUUGUCAACUAUGGACCCGGCAAUGCGAACCUGCAAUCCAAGAUUUUCUUCAUCUGGUUCGGCUGCUGCUUCCUGUGCAUCACCUUUGUUUACACCAUGAUUUAUGAGACUAAGGGGUUGACCUUGGAAGAAGUUGAUGAGCUCUACAAUGAGGUCAGCUCUGCCAGGAAGAGUGUUGGCUGGAAGCCCACCAUUACCUGGACGGAGAAGAAGGAGAUUUCGAAUGCACUGGGAGAAAAGGGCCCUGCUGGUGAACACAAGGAGUUCCAGGAACCUGGACAUGUUUAA